GCUGGUUGUCGCAAAACGCCGCCAUGAACGAGAGCGACAAGCCUACAAACGACAGUUUAGCUGCAAGCCUGAUAGAAGGAGCUGAAACUGACAAUGACAGUGAUGAAGACAUUCAUUACUGUAAGAAAUGCAAAAAGGUUUUCACCAAUAUUCAAGCAUAUUUGGAACACAAGAUCCGCCAUGAUAAUUUCAAGAUGACAUAUGCCCGAUCCCACAAGGAUCGUCGAAUGGUGCUACCCAAGUUAGUCCAGAAGCCAAACAACCCACCUCAGCAGGAUGGAACAUCACAAACACCAAUGGAGAAUGGCCAAGAAGGAGACAACACAGAGGGAAAUGAGGGGAAGGAAAAUCAAACUCGAAAGAGAAAACGUAAGAAGCGUCAAUCCGAGGUAGAUGUUCAACUCAUUGCAGAGAGAAGUACAUAUAUUUGUACCAGUUGUGAUAAGAAGUUUCACAGGGAGGCUACUCUGCGUUGGCACAUCCAGUAUGAACACACCAAUGAUGAUGGGGAUGAUGAGGAUGGCGAGGAUGUUGAUAGCCAUGAUGAAGAUGAGACAUACACGGUCAAGAAUGACCCUGAGUUCAAAAAGGUCAAGGCCACUGAAGAGGAUACUGCAAACAGGCCUUACAGCUGCGAACACUGUGGGAAUAGGUUUAAAGACGUGAAUGUGAUGAAGACACACAUGUUGACGCACAGCAACAAGAGGCACUUCCCAUGUAGCAUUCAAGGUUGUCCCUAUGCAUUUAAAACAAAAGGUUCCUUAACAAGGCAUAUGAGGAGACACACAGGUGAACGUCCCUAUUCCUGUGAGAUGUGUGGGAGAAGUUUCACGGAGUCAGGUGCUCUCACAAGGCACAUGAAGUCCAGAACCCCCUGCACUGCAAAGAGCGAUGCCGACUUGCCAAGAUAUAGAAAAAAAUGGGAUUUUGUACCCAACAUCCCUGCUGUGAUAAACAUGCCUACUGACGGAGACGGGGGUGUUCAGCUCCUGGAGUCAGUGGACGCAAGCAAGGGCUUUGUCUAUACAGAGGUGGCAUCCAUCAUCCAGUCCGUCGUCGCAGACGUUGUGGCAGGCGAGGAGGGAGAAGGAGCCAUUCACCAGGACACAGAUCCCAUUGAGCAAGUCAUUACAGAGGUGGCAAGUUCACAGGAAACGACAGUGGAUCUGGCCAGUGUGACUGCAGAAGAGGAAGCCAUUAAACUGGAGAACCUGCUCCCAACACAGUGCAGGGUAUGCAGGGAGGACUUCCUGACUAUUGAAGUGUUGCGGCACCAUCUCCGGUCUCACCUGGCCGACACCCCCUUCAGGUGUGGUUUGUGUCAUUUUGUGACGGAGAAAAGGGAAGAACUGCAAGGUCACAUGAUGUCUCAGCAUCAAACUCAGCUCAAGGGAUUUGAAAAUGGAACAGUAGUGGCCGAAAUUAAAGAGAAGUCUUACAGCUCUAACGAUCAUAGGAAUGCCCAGAUAGCACUGAGACAGCUGCUUGAGCUGCCUACACCGUGUACUGCCGUGCCGGAGGGAGACUCCCACGCCAUGGGCUACGCCAAGUCCCUCCACAAGUGUCCCGCCUGCUCCCGGACGUUCAGGGGGAGCAGCUACCUCAAGCAGCAUAUGAAGAGUCACACAGGGGAUCGCCCGUAUAAGUGUCCAGUGUGCCUAAAGACAUUCAUAAGUAAAGACACUCUGAAUAAACACAUGAGUGCUCACAGUGAGGAGCGCCAUUACAAGUGUGGGGAGUGCGGCAAACUUUUUAAAAGAAUCUCACACGUCCGAGAACAUCUCAAGAUCCACAGCUCAGACAGACCUUUUGCAUGUCGAAUGUGUGAAAAGGCCUUCAAAACUAGUAAUGCCUUGAAGGUACAUAUGCGUACCCACAGUAAUGUUAUGCCGUAUGAGUGCCGCUACUGUCAUCGACACUUCCGUGAAAAGGGAUCCUUGGCUCGACAUUUGAGAUCGCACACUGGAGAGAAACCCUUUAAAUGCCAGUACUGUAAUCGAUCCUUCUCUGAGCAUGGCACACUCAAUCGACAUCUCAAGGCCAAAGUGCCCUGCACCAGGCAGACUGGCCGCGAGAGCCUCGAGGAGGAGGAGUACCCCACCGUGCUGGCCGAGUUCUCCUCCGUGGUGGCGGACACACAGCACUACCUCAUCCCAGAGGAGGGAGAGAUGCAGGACGACACUCUCAGUCAGCAUACAACAGAGUAUGUGGUGGUCCAUACGGACCUGGCAGAAACUGUACAGAAUGUGGAGAUCAUUACAGAGGGAGAAGUGGAUCCAGCAAUACUCGACCAGGUAUCUGCCGACGACGGUACAUCAUACAUCGUUGUCAGCGACGGUGGCGACAACAUCCGUGUCCUUGACCCUCACACGGGUCAAACCGUGGCUGUUAUGCCCACAGAGUCCGAUGAUGGACAGACACUGACUGUGUUGCCUUCAGAGAACGAGAUCGAAGCUGUGGCGAUGGCACCACUGGCGGAGGAUAGUGAUGCCAUUCAGCAGGCCAUGAUGGUUGCCAAUGUUGUUGAGGAGGAGGUUGGAAGAGAUACUGUUAUCAUCGAAGAGGAGGUCAAGUAGAACCCUCAUCUGUGGGAAAUGAAGUUAAGAGAAAAAGUGUCUCUUGAAUUUGACUCUUCUGCUCAGGAGUACACUUCCAUCAACUGCCACCUGCCAAUAUUGCAUUUCUGUUAAAAUCAACAUUUACAUUCAUUCAUCAAUCUCACUGACAUCAGAUUUUAGUGCUCACUGCUAUUACAUCAAACAAAGAGACUGCCUCCGUUGUCUAGUGGUAGAGCGUCCGCCCGGAGAGCGGAAGGUCCAGGGUUCGAUCCCCGACCGCGUCAUACCAAAAGACGUUAAAGAUGGUACUUGUUGUUACCCUGUC